CUUCUCGGGACGACAAGGUUGUGUUGGACGGGAAAGACGAAGACAAGAAAGAUGAAGAUCAUGUGGAGAAAAAUGGAACUAGUACAAGUCCUGCGCUCCCGUUGUGUGCUACACUAGACGAGAAAGUGAACAGGGUCCGCACUGCGAUCUUGCAUGACGUUUUCGGUCUCGAGCAUCAGGGGAAGAUGAGCAACGCGUUCUUCGUACUAGAACAGCACGCCUUUUCGCAAGGCAGAUUCCGUGUGGUCUUCGGGGUGGACCGAGCCAGCUUGCCUAUGGGAAAGCUGUUUGCUUGGUGUUGGG